UUCUCACUGAGACACGGCAGACCCAGCUCAACACCACAAGAAACUGAAACACAGCCUGACUUGCAAAGCAAGCCUAACCAGGAGCUCUCGCUCUCUGGCUCCUGCCUAUUUCGUGUACUUGGAAGUCAUCUUGAAGAGACGCUUUUGAAGCUGUAGACUUUUUACUUUCUCUGUUCUGUCGGUUUCUUCAGGGAGUUUGCCCUAAAGUUUGGACUCUUUCUCUUGGAGUCGAAUGAGAACAGGAAGCAGGAGGAGGAGGUGCAGGAGGUGGGGGCCGCUCUCGGUUUGAAAGCUAAACUUCAAUCCGCUUUUUCACCUGCUCCAUGCCUGGAAUAAAAACACAGCAGAUGAGGUUUUCGUGAAAGGUAGGGCAAGAAGAAAGAAGAUCCACUUCCUGGAAAGGAACACUUAAAGGACACUGGGCAAACAACACAGACAGGCAAUAUUGAUGAGUGAGUGCAUGCUGGUGUAUAGGUGUGUCGUUCUUUCACACCACUCGGUUGACUAGUUUAAUCUUCAGCAUGGCCAACGUCAGUCCCUUCAUGUCUCCGGGACCCAUGUCCCAAGUCUUCUUUGCCCCGGGUGGACCUUCCCCUCCUGGGUCGGUGGUGAUGCAAUCAGGCAUCCCGGUCUCUGUCCCUGCAUCUCAAAUCCCAGGUUUCCCUCCAGUGGACAUGGGGGUGGCACCAGCACCCGGCGGGGCCUCCGCUAUGCCAUCUGGCCCUCCAGCACCAGCCGGCGUCUCCUUCAUCAUACAGAUCGGGCUGACCAGAGAAUCUGUGCUUUUGCCCCAGACUGCAGACUUGGCCUACAUCAAACAAAUCGCAUGCUCGAUUGUGGAUCAGAAAUUUCCCGAAUGUGGCUUUUAUGGGAUAUACGACAAGAUCCUUCUUUUCAAGCAUGACAUCGGCAGCAAUAACAUCCUGCAGCUGGUGAAGGCAGUGUCCGACAUUCAGGAAGGUGAUCUGGUGGAGGUUGUUUUGUCCGCUGCUGCCACAUUUGAAGAUUUUCAGAUACGGCCGCAUGCUUUAAACGUGCACUCCUACCGAGCACCGGCCUUCUGCGAUCACUGCGGCGAGAUGCUUUUCGGACUGGUGCGUCAGGGACUCAAAUGCGACGGCUGUGGGCUGAAUUACCACAAACGUUGUGCCUAUAGUAUUCCCAACAACUGCAGUGGCGUAAGGAAACGUCGCCUGUCUACCACAUCCCUCACCAGCAGUCAAUCUCUUCGCCUGUCCACCACAGAGUCCCUCAGCAGCCUCAACAGCAGUGUGACCUCAGAGGAAGUCAGCCUCGUACGAUCACACACACAUAUGCCCCGCACUCCCAGCGAUGCCAGGCGCUGUUACACUGGACGUCCCGUCCAUCUGGACAAGAUCCUAAUGACAAAAGUGAAGGUCCCGCACACAUUCGCCGUUCACUCGUAUACACGGCCCACCGUCUGCCAGUACUGCAAGAGACUUUUAAGGGGUCUGUUUCGCCAGGGGCUACAGUGCAAAGACUGUAAGUUCAACUGUCACAAGCGAUGUGCGUACAAGGUCCCAAACGACUGUUUAGGCGAGACUCUUGAAGACAUGUUGAGUCCGAGCACAGAUGCUGAGGUGCCGAUGGAUUACAGUAAUGACUAUCCAGACCAAGAUAAAUCUUCUAUGAUGGAUGAUUCAGAUGAAGCUUGCAGUAUCCCUGGCUCUUUCUCCCCAGACAGCAGCCAGGAUGGAGCCGGUGGAGACCAGAGUGCUAAUAUUCCUCUGAUGAGAGUUGUGCAGUCAAUCAGACAGACCACACGCCGCUCGAGCACGGCCAUCAAAGAGGGCUGGAUGGUGCACUACAGCAACAAGGACACAUUGAGGAAGAGACACUACUGGCGACUGGACUGCAAAUGCAUUAUCCUAUUUCAGAACGAUACCACCAACAAAUAUUACAAGGAGAUUCCUCUGUCAGAAAUUCUGGAGCUACGCCCGGCGGGUGAUUUCUCGCUCAUGCCUGUUAGCACGAGUCCCCACUGCUUUGAGAUUAUGACGGGCAACAUGAUCUACUUCGUCGGCGAGGACCCCAACCUUCCGCACUUUGUCGCGCCCAGCUCCAUUGCGCCCAAUAGCGGAGUGGGUCGGGAAUUUGCCAAAGGCUGGGAGACUGCAAUUCGUCAAGCGCUUAUGCCGGUCAUCUUUCAAGACAACCCACCGGCAGAAGGACACAUCCCUCAUCGCCAAGCGUCAGUCAACAUCUCUGUGUCUAACAGCCAGAUUCAGGAGAAUGUGGAUAUUGGAAUGGUCUACCAGAUCUUUGCUGAUGAGGUUCUGGGUUCUGGACAGUUUGGUGUGGUGUAUGGAGGGAAACACAGGAAAAGUGGGCGGGACGUAGCCGUGAAGGUGAUUGACAAGCUGCGAUUCCCGACCAAGCAGGAGAGCCAGCUGAGGAAUGAAGUGGCCAUACUGCAGAGCCUGAGACACUUGGGUAUAGUAAAUCUAGAGUGCAUGUUUGAGACGCCCGAGAAGGUGUUUGUGGUAAUGGAAAAACUUCAUGGUGACAUGCUGGAGAUGAUCCUGUCUAGCGAGAAAGGUCGACUUCCUGAGAGACUGACAAAAUUCCUUAUCACACAGAUAUUAGCAGCUUUGAGGCACCUUCACUUCAAAAACAUUGUGCACUGUGACCUCAAACCUGAGAAUGUGUUAUUGGCAUCGGCAGAUCCUUUCCCACAGGUCAAACUAUGUGACUUUGGCUUCGCACGCAUCAUCGGUGAGAAGUCUUUCCGUCGCUCUGUUGUGGGUACGCCAGCAUAUUUGGCACCUGAGGUCCUCCUGAACCAGGGCUAUAAUCGCUCGCUGGACAUGUGGUCGGUUGGUGUGAUCAUGUACGUGAGUCUGAGUGGAACCUUUCCCUUCAAUGAGGACGAGGACAUCAACGAUCAGAUCCACAACGCCGCCUUCAUGUACCCGCCCAACCCGUGGAAACAGAUCUCUCCUGAAGCUAUCGACCUCAUCAAUAACCUGCUGCAGGUGAAGAUGAGAAAACGCUACAGCGUGGAUAAGAGUCUCAGCCACUCCUAUCUGCAGGAUUACCAGGCUUGGCUGGACCUCCGAGAGCUGGAGUCAAAGCUCGGCGAGCGUUACAUAACCCACGAGAGCGAUGACAGCCGCUGGCAGCAGUACGCUCGUGACCACACGCUGCCGUACCCUCCUCAUCUGGUGCCACCGCCCCCUGCGUCAGAUGACGAUGAGGACGGCACCGAGGAUGCAGAUAUGCAGGGCCUGACGGAGCGCGUAAGCAUCCUUUGAAGAAACCGUUAAGGGGAUGACGAGAGGGUUGAUGAGUGCCUGACCUUAGGAACGCACCAGGAUGUGUUUUUUGCAACACCAGGCUCUUUGACCUCUCAACUUACUUCCCAGAAGAUGUGUUUCUGUGAGAGGACAGUUUUGGACCCUACAGUAGCACAGUCGCACAUUUGUUUGUAUACAACUAAACAAUGAGAAUUUCCCAGUCUGACGCUUUUUCAUCGGAAGAGAUUGUAUGAACUGUGAUACAAAAUAGUUAUCUGUGUAGUGGCUGGAAUUCCCUGUUUUUUUAUAUUUCUUGUAACGAAACCACUUUUCGUUUCAGUUCCUAUUUUUCACUGAGAAUCUUGUUUAUAUUACCUGGAAAACAGUACUGGUGUUUUCCAUUGUCAUUUCAUACGUUUGCUCACUGAAGGACCGUGACUUGAUAAAGACUGAGAUCAUGCUGUCUCGAAGGACGAACCGAGUGCACAAAGACUGGCUGCACUGUUCUCAGAUCAGCUGCUAAUGGCGAUGGGGUGAAAGGGCUAUUUAAAGCGAUCUUGUUUAUGCUGGUGGAGCUGUAUCGGGUGUGUGUUCAUAUUCCUAACUGACUCUAGACCUGAGCAUUAGGCUGCAUGUCACUGAGAAUUAGGUUUGCUUGAGACUUAUUGCUAUGAAGGACUUUUGUACACAUGUAACCUUAGAAAUGAGUUUGUAGUUUUGUGGAAGGGAAUGGUAGAGCAUUCCAGCAGGUUUAAUAAAUGCAGAAAUUCAUCUGUAA